UACGAUCUACAGACACUGAGCAUGAGACAGUCCUGCAAAUGCAAGAAAUUCAAAAAACAUCAUAACAAUAUUAUUAUUAUUAUUAGCCACACUUGUGGAAUGAGUUGGCACCGGAAUGACGACCUGUUGCGAUGAAGGCCAGGCAGAGGUAAUAGAAUUCCUGCGUCCGGACAGAAAUGACCAGAAUGUUUUCGUCACUAAUUUACCGAAAACCCUGACAGACUCAGCCAAAUAUGAACAGCUGUCGUCAAUCUUCUCCCAGUUUGGGCUGAUUUAUGAAGUCCAAGUAUUAGAAUCUGCUUUCCCGGCACCUGAGCAAGGUCUGGAGGAAAGCUCUUCCACUGGUGCUGAUUCAUCCGUCAACAAAGGCUCGAAGACUGGCGACGAGCCUGCCUUCUGUCACUAUGCCUUUGUCACGUUCUACUCGGCACUAGCUGCUGCCAGAGCUAUUCGAUCACUACACCAGCAGUGGAUGGUUGAUGGGCAUGUCCUGCGGGUGCAGCGAGGUGCAUCACAGCAAGCGCCGGCACGGAACUCCGUCCAUCUCUACGUCUCGGAGUGCAGGAAACUUGCCAACCACUACCUGGGAUUCAACGGCUGGUCUUCCAAGAUCAUCAAGCUGGAAUCAUUUUCAGUACCAGAUGCGGCCACACUGGACUUGUUGGCAGACCUGGCUGAUGAGGCCGAGGACAGUGCCACCUUCGUGCCUGGCCAGGAUCAGCUGUGCUACUCGUGCGUCAUGCAGCUGACCUUUCCUCAACACCACAUCACCUGCCAUGGCUGUGGUACGGCCACCGUUAGACCACCAAAGGAUGAUGGUAUUGCUGGGCCAAUCGUGUCGGCAGGUUACGCAAAAAAGGCUGCCCUGCAGCGUGCCACCGAAGAUGCGUUCAGUCGCAUCGUGCUGGUUGUGCUGCCUUCUGGCAAGGUAGCCAUCGAACAGAUCAGAGAUGACCCACCUGGCUGUGCCGUAGUGAGCAAUGACAUAACUUCAUCUGUUAUUGAAGUCAACUGCCUGCCAGACUGUGAUGACAGUGACGGGGAUGAGGAGCAGGAUGGAGACUGUCAGGAUAGUCAAGCCAAAGCAGCAGGACGUGGCGAUGACAACACCGAAGGCGAUACAAAUACAUGUACAUAACAUUUGACAAUGGUUGAUUUCUCAAUGUACACAUUUAAAAAUGCAAUGAUACUGUACCAUAUUCCAUCAACCAGUGAA